AGCACAAAACCCAGGAGAGGCCCUGAGGAUCCGGUGGGGCUUCCGCAGGGCUUCAGAGCUCCUUGCAACGAGGGGCCGGCGGAGGGGGGGCGCACCCGGCUCCGGAGGGGUCCCGGCAUCCGAGUCCCUUCCUCCCAGGGUCCCGGUGGUGCGGCCCGGGUCGCGAGGCCCGAGCCUCGGAGCUCCUGGCAGGCCCCGACGUGGGGAAGCGCGCCUGACCCAGCCCUCGGGCCGGCUCCCCGGAGACCCCAGGGAUGCCAGAGGCCAGGAGCCCCCGCCAGGACCUCACGCGAUGGAAGAAGCAGCAGCAGCCUGUGCGCCGCACGGUCAGCCAGAUCUGCCCGCCCCCGCGGCGGCCCCUGACCGUGGCCGAUAUCCGUCCCGGCAUGGAGAACGAGCGGCUGGGGGUCGUGCGGGACUCCAUGUUUCAGAACCCGCUCAUCGUCAAGGCUGAACUCGGCAAGCCCCGGGAAAGAAGCUGCAGUCUGCCCGGCAUUGAUUUUAAUUACGGACUCUACAUCCGAGGGCUUGAUGGAGGGGUCCCUGAAGCCAUCGGACGCUGGAACGUGUUUAAGCAGCAGCCCACCUGUCCCCACGAGCUGACCCGGAACUACAUUGCAAUGAACCGCGGGGCAGUGAAAGCUGGCCUGGUGACUGCCCGGGAGAACUUCCUCUACCGUCAGCUCAACGAUAUCCGCAUCAGUGACCAGGAUGACCGGCGCCUGAAGAAGGAGCCGCCCUCUCUCCCUCCAAACAUGACAUUUGGGAUCCGGGCACGGCCUUCAACACCCUUCUUCGAUCUGCUGCACCACCGGUACCUGCAGCUGUGGGUACAGGAACAAAAGGCCGCCCAGAAAGCCAUCAAACUGGAGAAGAAGCAGAAGGUGAUCCUUGGGAAGCUGUAUGAGACCCGGAGCAGUCAGCUGAGGAAGUACAAGCCACCUGUGAAGCUGGACACCCUCUGGCACAUGCCUCACUUCCAGAAGAACAAGCUCCUGAGCGGAUUUUGCAGAUGAGAGGCCGAGGGGGAGCACCUUCCUUAGCCACAGAAUGGCCAGGCCUGGAACCCAGGUGUGUCUGAUGGCAGGGCCCAAGCCGAUACACAGGACGUAUUGGGCCAGCAAAAUAAUGAGAAAGAAAGUAAAAAUGCAAGUCACAGUAUCUAUCCAGGGCUUUUCCCCCUUUCUGAGGAUAUUUGCGGGAUCCUGGCAGUUAAAGCUGCAGCUGUCACCCUAUCCCAUUGGCCAGAAACCUGGGGCCAAGGGAAACGAGGGCUUGUGCGACGUGCAUCCUAGGAUGCCACCCUGUCCAACCCAGCAGAGACCCGGAGACCCACAGGUGCUGCUGUUAGGGGUGUCACAUGCAGUCCCCUCCUUGUCAGGAAGUAACAUUAGCAAAAAGUAUUUACUGAGCCAUUAGAAUGCACCCGGGGCUCGGCCUGCCUCAUCUUAGAGAUAACAUGUCCCCCUUCUACUGAUGUGGAAACUGAGGCUCGGAGAGGUCAGAAGUGGAGUCUGGGUCCAAUCUGGGGCUUCCUGGGUCCAAUCUGGGGCUUCCCAGCCCCAGGGCCUCCUGAGGACCCCUUCCCUCACCUCCAGGCCCCACCCAGAGGUCCCCAUUCUCACCACCAAAGGGAUCCUUUCUUCCCCUUCACACCACUUAACUCUGCAAUUAAUUAUCUGGGCAAUGUUUUCAUCUCGCUCAAUAAAAUGUGAGCCCCCCAGAACCACGCCUAUCCAUUCCACACCUUGUCCCCAGAGCCCCGCAGGGUGCCUGGCAUGGAGUGGGGGGGUCAGUAAAUACAUCUGUGGAAUGAAUGAAUAAGGAGAUGAGAGACCGAAACGCCAGUACAGCCCAGAAUGACAGAAGAAUUGAAAAACCUGUUACAGACGGGAUGAAACUCCCCCCUCACUUUUCUCCGCUUCCCAAACCAAGCGCCCAAGCACCCACCAUCCCAGCAGCCACCAACCGGGCCUGGACUCAGAGGUUCGGGCGGGCGGCCAGGGCUACUCCCCACCGGGAGCUGCUGUCUGCAGUGUCUGUGGUGCGUGAAGCCCCGGGACGGCCUUUGUCUGUGCCUGGCGUUGCUGCUGAUCUGCCACCCCCACCCCAGCCCCAUUAUGAAGGGAAAAGCGCUUCCAAAAAAGUUGAACCUGUCACAGUGAUGGAUAACCUAAAUGGACUCCCCCCGCUCACGGACAGAUGUCGACGCUGAACUCUGUCAGAAAUAAUUAAACACCUUUCACACAGAAAAGCAGCAGGCAGGGCGCGGCUGCCGCACGACCCCGCCAGCCACGAGGGGGCUGCCCUGCCAGAGGGGCUGCCCAGACCCCCGCCCUGAUGACCCGGGCCACUUACAGGGUCGAGAGAGGAGAAGGACCAAGGAGGGAAGAGGCCACAUCCCCCACCAUGCGUUCCUUCCAGGCAGGGCAGUACAGAGAUGCUUUCUUUCUGGUCUGUACCACCAGCAACUGCCACGGAUGUCCGGGGCCCAGGUAGGACUCAGCCAGCAGCCAUGAGGGGCCCUCCUGCCAGAACAGCUAUGCCUGGGCUUGCCAGGCCUCAGUUUCCUCUUCUGAAAAUGAGUGGGUAGGACUAGUUCUUUUUUCGCUCUCUCUUUGAAAUGGAGUCUCGCCCUUUCACCAGGCUUGAGUGCAGUGGUAUGAUUUUGGCUCAGAGCAACCCCCGCCUUCUGGGUUCCUGCCUCAGCCUCUCAAGUAGCAGGGACUACAGGUGCAUGUCACCAUGGCCAGCUAAUUUUUUUAUGCGUAUUUUUGGGAGAGACAGGGUUUCACCAUGUUAACCAGGAUGGUCUCCAUCUCCUGACCUCGUGAUCCGCCCGCCUAGGGCUCCCAAGAGCUGGGAUUACAGAUGUGAGCCACCGCACCCAGCCAGGGACUAGUGCUUGAGGGUCCCUUCCAAUCCAAGAUUCUGUGUUUCCCAGUUCAUUGGCCCAGAAGCCAUGUGGGAGGGGAUGGGGGCUCUUGGAGGUGCAGAUUCCACACCCAGAGUGAGCCAGCAGGGGGAACAGCUCAGAUCCUUCCUCAGGUUCCCAUUUUGGGGAUGGAACAUGGACUCAUUGUCACCCAUGCCCGAGUGGAGGCGUCGCUGGGCUGGGGCUGAUGCCCCCCUGCCCUGGGGGGAUAGGGAUGCUCUCUUGACCUCUGGCCAGGUGUUCUGGGUCUGCAGGGCAGACAGCAAGGCCAGCAGGGAGCAGUGUGGUAUGUCUGUGGGCACGCAUGACUCUAGGGACAGCCAGACAUGGUCAAGUGGCAACCCCGUCACACCUACCUGUCAGGUGUCUUGACCUGUCUGAUACCCACUUCCUCUUCUGUAAAAUGGGCUAACAAAUGCUCCCCUGGCAGGGCUGCUGGGAGGAUCUGGAGAGGACGUGUGUGAACCACACUUAGCCGAACACCUGGUCCAUAUCAACUGCCUGUAAGUGGCAGCUGCCAUGAGGAUGUUUGUGUUCAUUCAUUCAUUCACCUACUCAUUCACAAAUCUUUUCCACAUGCACCUUCACGCCAGGCCCUGUCCCCACACUGACGCUAUGCUGACAAACAGGCCAGAUUCGGGUGUGACUGCCGCCUUGGGGCUGCUGGCCGCUGGCAUGGGGUGACGUGGACAGACAGACCGACACACAGGCAGUUGUGCAGAGCUGGACGUCUGGGUCGAGAAGUCUGGGUCGAGAAGUCUGGAAAAGCUCUGCCCUAGGUGUCACCGGGUGUUCCCAGGGGCCCCAUGUUCGUAGCCUGAAAUGGUCCAGAGACACCAACCUUGCUUGAGAGGUGGAGGCCACUCCCAUAACCACAGCCCCACUGAACGUAACCCUGUGUGGGCCGGCCCACCCUGUUCCCAUGCCUUCUGCAGAAACCUCCUCAGGGCUCUCCAAGUGCCCCUGCUUGCCUAAGCGGCCCUCCCUGGAGUCCUGGCUAACAGCACUUCCUCCGGUUCUCAACCAGCCACCGUGCACGGCCACCUACGUGUUCGUUGGAAGGCCACGCCAAGCAGACGGUAUAUUCUUCUGCCCAAAGACAGAGAGUGAGUGCCCCCAAAAGCAUAUGGCCAAUGACAGUAGAGAAAGACUGGAUGCCAUUGGCAAAGAGAUGGCUCACGUACACGUUAGGAGGUUUACACAGUGAGAUACUAUGCAGCCCUGAAAACCAUGGCUUUGAUCUGUACUUACUGGCACUUUAAUACAGAUUGUUGGGCAAGAGUCUGUGCCACGGGACCUGUCUGGAUAGAUGCACCCGAGCAACUCCAAGCGUCUGCACGAGGCAUACAGACGUUUGGAAGGAGGGACAGUGCUGGUCUUUGCCAGGGUGAGGUUGCAGCUGAUUUUACUUGCUCUGAUGCUCUUUUCUGUAUAGUUUGCAUUUUUUUCAACAAGUAGAUGUAGCUUUUCCAAAACCAGUAAGGCUUUUUUUUUGAGAUGGAGUUUCACUCUUGUUGCCCAGGCUGGAGUGCAGUGGUGCGAUCUCGGCUCACUGAAACCUCUGCCUCCUGGGUUCAAUGAUUCUCCUGCCUCAGCCUUCUGAGCAGCCGAGACUACAGGUGCACACCACAACGCCUGGCUAAUCUUUGUAUUGUUAGUAGAGAUGGGGUUUCACCAUGCUGGCCAGGAUAGUCUCAAACUCCUGACCUGAGGUGAUCCACCUGCCUUGGCCUCCUAAAGUGCUGGGAUUAUAGGCGUGAGCCAACACGUCCGGCCCAGUAAGGCUAUUUUUUUUAAAAAAUGUUUUUGAAAGAUGGAGAGCCUGCGUUCUUCCCCAGGUGUUCUUCCCAGUGUUCAUACCCCUGCUUUGAGCUCAGUUCUUCCUGAUGUCUCACCAAACGCUGGCAUGCUGCUGGCCAAGCCCGGCUUUGCUUGCUCAGCUUCCCUCAGGCAUGAAGGUCAGCGCUGUGCCCCAGUGGUGAAGCCUUCUGACUUCCAGAGCCUGGAUCUUUAUUAUAACAAGUCUACGUUGUAAUUAGAGACCCAACAUCAAUUUUAGAAGGAGGCUUGCCCAAGCAUGGGAGGGGGGACUCUCCACGUCCUCCUCCCACCCUCCUCUCCCCCCACAGUUCUCGUCUCUCUGCACCGACAAUACCCACCAACAUUACAUAGUCGUUCAGUCACUAAAGUAUGAACAAAUUGACUAUAUUUUCAUUUGGCUUUUGGUUUCAGCCCCACUGCUUUAGAAUAAUGGCCCAAGCUAUUAAGCUAACAGUUUGAUUUACAAGCUCUUCUGCUCUGAACGCUGGGAUCAGGCUCCUCUGUUCGUGGAAGACUAACCCUGCCUCAGGUCUCCUGGGCCCCUGGCUCCCUAAUAGAACAGGAGAUGGAGGGAAAAAAAUCUAUCUCAGCAGCCAGCCAAGCAGUGACACCCAGAGAUGCAGCUGAUUAGUGAAAGCUGCUGAAUCUAAGCAAAGGAUUUUCUUUCCCACCUUUAAGCUCUCUUACAAAUCAGAGCUGGCCGAGAAGUUAACUCUCUGCUAAACCCCCAAGCGGGCUCCUAGCCUGUCCACCCGCCACCUCUGCCUCUCCACCAGGCUUGCCUGCUUAAAAUGAGGAUGGGCUGAACUCCGCAAGGUGUAUCUGACCCCAGGAAGGACAGGUGCCAGAUCUACUGCCCCUCCCGAGGGUCUCUACACCAGUGAUGUAUUUUAAGAAUCCUGUCGCUUCCUUGCAUCAGAAUAAGAAUCGUCCUAUGUCACCGUGUAGGGCACCAAGUGCAGGAACGGAAUGUGUCACACGCGGAAACACGGCAAUAGGAAGGAUAAUUCAGAAGCCCUGAUGGGGUUGACACUUCCCUCUAAAUACAGACACCCCCCAUUAUACACGGAUCAGUAUGCAGACGAGUUGACUUGCUGCAGGGAUGAAAGCAGGAGCUUGGCAGUGGCUCACACCUGUAAUCCCAGCACUUUGGGAGGCCAAGGUGGGUGGAUCACUUGAGGUCAGGAGCUUGAGACCAGCCUGGUUAACAUGGUGAAACCCUGUCGCUACUAAAAACGCAAGAAUUAGCUGGGCAUGAUGGCAGGCACCUGUAAUCCCGGCUACUCAGGGGGCUGAGCCAGAAGAGUCACUUCAGCCUCGGAGGUGAAGAUUGCAGAGAGCAGAGAUUGUGCCACUGUACUCCAGCCUGGGUGACAGAGCAAGACUGUCUCAAAGGAAAAAAAGAAGCAGGAGCUUACUUGGUUUAACAUGAUCUGGCACCUCAGAGGUAUAGAAUUCUUAGGCAUCUGCUCGGGAGGUGACAUUGCUGCUCAAAUACUGGCAAGUCACGAAUAGCCAGAGCUGAAGGUCUGGGGCAGAUUGAGAGAAAGGGAGGGAUGUGUGUAUGUGGGGAGUGAUGGAGGAAUAGUGGCCAGGUUCCUAGAGCAGCACUCAGAGUCUGGGAUGUCCAUGGUGGGGCCUAGAGAGGCCAGCAGUGAAGGGGUGACCGAAGCUGACACUUCCAACAGGACCAAUCCUGCAACCUGGGAACCCCCAGCCUGGUGCCCCCUUCAUCCUUCCCGCUCCAGAGGCUUUUCAGUCUAAUCCAGAAGAUUCUUCUCCCUGACUAUAUGCAAAAAUAUUUCACUAUUUUGUUGAAAAUCAACCAGAAUAAAUGAGUAAGACAGCUGGUUUGGGCAUCAGCUACACCCUUCUAAUUUCUAGAGAUAGCAAGAGUCUCAUGUUGAAUUUUGGGAGUUGAUGGAAUUUGGGGGUCCCCAAUUUCUUCUUCAGAUUCUAGCUCAUCCCCAGGAGAACAAAUCUCCAAUGAGCUAGAAAGAAUCCCACUGGCUUGGGAAGGAAUUUGGGGAGGACCAUCUUCCUCAACGUCUCCCUUGAAGCUUUUUUGUUUUGUUUUUGAGACAGGGUCUCACUCUGUUGCCCGGGCUCGGGUGCAAUGGUACAGUCAUGGCUCACUGCAGCCUCCACCUCCUAGCUUCAAGUGAUCCUCCCAUCCCAGCCUCCUAAGUAGCUGGGACUAUAGGCGUGCAGCUAAUCUUUAAAUUUUUUUUUGUAGAGAGAGGGUCUCACUAUGUUGCCCAGGCUCCUUCUGGUUUCUGAGUGUCCCCACUUGUCAGCCUCCAUCCUCCAGCCCCUGUGAGGUUGGUGGGGUGGGGACCCAACGCCAUCUGACAUGAGGCUACCAGACACGGGGCCAGCAGGCUCUUGCCCAUAAACAGCAUAAAAUGAUUCCCUGAGUUCAUUCAAACAGAAUUCUGGCAAAAGUGCCAGUAAAAUGGCUCAAGACUGCAAACACAGCCUGACUUGUUACCCUCAGAGAUGCAAAGUACAUGGGCACCAGUGAACACACUUAGGGUAGGGGAAAGUAAGACAAUGGGGAGGUUUUUUUGAAAACCGACUCUGUCUUCUUCCCCUCCUCUCCUCAAAGAAGUCCUAGGAAAAGAUGCCUUAGGGUGGUGAAAAAAAAUAAAUGUGGGCGGUUUGACCACAGUCCAAUGGCUGGGAGAGUAGAGGGGAGAAGUUAUCCUAAAGAUAGAGUUCCCAGACAGCGUCAGUGAUAACAUCGACAGCUCACACAUCCUCAGUCCUUCUUGGGUGCCAGCCCAGGUGCUUUUUUUUUUUUCAACUGUAUUUUAUUGUAUUUUUUUGAGACAGAGUCUCACUGUUGCCCAGGCUGGAGUGCAGUUUCACAGUCUCAGCUCACUGCAACCUCUGCCUCCCAGGUUCAAGCAAUCUUCUGCCUCAGCCUCCCUGAGUAGCUGGGAUUGCAGGCACGUGCCACCACACCCUGCUAAUUUUUGUAUUUUCAAAAAUUAGCAGAGACGGGGUUUUGCCAUGUUGGCAAGGCUGGUCUCUAUCUCCUGGCCUCAAGUGAUCCGCCUGCCUUGGCCUCCCGAAGUGCUGGGAUUACGGGCAUAAGCCACCGUGCCCAGUCCAAGUCUAGGUGCUUUUGUGAGUUAUCCCAUUUCACAUCCGUACUCUCAAUAACCCCACAUGGUAGCAGUGAGUCACUCUGUCUCCGAGGCGAGGAGGCUAAGGCUCCGAAGCUUAAAGUCACAUGCUGAGGUUAAUAGCUAGCAUGUGGCCAAGUGGGGACCUGGGCUCUGGCUGGCUGCGUCCAAGCCUCAGGCCCUGAAAGAGCAGAUAAAUACUAAAGACCUGCAACUGAGGUCAGGGGCCAGUCGGGGUCUAAAUGCAGGGCCUGGGAGGGAAAGUGCAGGGCGAUCGGGGAUGUUGGAUUUUAUGGGUGUCCAGAGUGUCAUGGCCAGGCCUGAGCUGGCUGAUUUAAGCCCUGGCAAUAAACCAAACUUCCCACUGCCCCCAAAGCCUCUAGAUCUUGAUAAAACCUCAGGCAUCUUUUAAAUUGCAGUUUGGCCCCAAGGCCAAAAAGGAAAUAGGCGGCUGAUCCCAUAUUCAGGCUUGCUGUAUUAAAAGUGGAAGACUGAUGCGGAGCCUAGCAAGAGGGCUGUGUCUGCAGACUGGGCAGCCACGCAGAACGGCUCCAGGCCCCAGCCUGCCUCACGCCUGCCCUGGGUAUGCAUCUGUGAAGCAGGGACAGUAACAGAAAGGACCAGGUGCAAUCAUGCAUGUGAAGCGCGUGGCACAGGCCUGGCCCGGGGAGGGUCAUGGAGCAACAGGGCCUCUGAGAGGGACGACGCCCUGGAAGCUGCUCCUGUACAUGAGUUAUUCACAAACUUGGCUGUGCCUUAGGGUCCUCUGAGGAGACGUUUAAAAUGCAGAGUGUGGUGGCUCAUGCCCGAAAUCCAAGCAAUUUGGGAGGCCAAGGCGGGAGGAUCACUUGAGGUCAGGAGUUCAAGACCAGCCUGGUCAACAUGGUGAAACCCCGUCUCUAGCAAAAAUACAAAAAUUAGCUGGGCAGGGUGGUGUGUGCCUGUACUCCCAGCUACUCAGGAGGCUGAGGCAGGAGAAUCGCUUGAAACUGGGAGGUCGAGGUUGCAGUGAGCCAAGAUUGUGCCACUGUACUCCAGCCUGAGUGACAGAGCAAGACUCCAUCUCAAAAAAAAAAAAAAAAAAAAAAAAUGCAGAGUCCAGGGCCCCCCAGGACUCUGAUCUAGUGGGUCUGGGGUGGCCACCAAACCUGCAUUUUCAGAAGCCACCUGCCCCAGCUUCCAGGAUCAGUGUCAACUCCACUCUUACAGUUAUGUUCAAAAUACAGUUAUGUGUUUACUGUGGUAGGUGGAUGUGUUUUCCUAUAUCUGACAUGAGGCAUGAUGGUGCUUUCGAAGGGAAAUGUGCAGUUGGAGACAGCCUCUGUCUGUUAAACAGCCCUAAGGGUUAUAAACUCCUCUCUUAGCUCAGGCCGCUCUAACAAAAUUCCAUAGACUGUGGAGUUUGAACAACUGAUGUUUAUUACUCCUCGAUCUGAGGCGAGUCCAAGGUCAGGGUGCCAGCAUGAUCAAGUUCUGGUGAGGGCCUUCUUCCUGGCUUAUGGCCAAGGCACCUUCUCACCAAGUUCUCACUUGAUGAAGAGAGACAGGAAGCACACAUUCUGUUGUCUCUUCUUACAAGGACACUAAUCCCAUCGUGGGUCCCCACCCUCAUGACCCCAUUUAAACCUAAUCACCUGCCCCAAAGCCCCAUCUCCAAUGGCAUCACAUAUGCGGGUGAUUCACAUAUGAGGGUCAGGGACUCACAUACGUGGGUUGUUGCCAGAGCUUGGUGUCUCCUGCUUGUAAUCCCAGCACUUUGCAAGGCUGAGGUGGGAGGAUUGUUUGAGGCCAGGAGUUCAAGACCACCCUGGGCAACUUAAUGAGACUCCGUCUCUACAAACAAACAAACAAACAAAACACCGUGUGCAGAUUUUGGGAGGACGCAUUCAGUCCACAGCAAGCUCUCUUUCAAGUGCAGUGGAAAUCUGCCUUCUACCUUCCACCUCCUCAUGUGUUUCUUGCUUCUGGAGCCCCAUGGAAUCACCUUCUCUCCCUUCCACAUGACAGCCCUGCAAAUUCCCAGAGUCAGAUACCAUUUCUUCAUAGACAACCAGGGUCUCAACUGAACCCUAGGCAGUGUUCUGAAUGUUGGAAGGGGGACCCUGCAUUGCAACAACCCAGGUGCCAUGGUCUGCACCAGUCCAUGCUGCCUUCUCUACCCUUACCCACAUUCGUGGAAGAUCUGUCAAGUUGCACCAAAUUUCUGUAUAUUUCCAAAUAAAAUUGUGAUGGAAGCUGUCCAUCAGUGCCACUUGAAUCACUUAAUACAAGAAUCUCUGAAAAUUCACUGCUGGAGGGCAAUUUCAGGAAGAAGCUGUAGUCAGAUCCGUGUACCACUGAUAGUAAUAAUAACAGUACACGGUGGCUCACGCCUCUAAUCCCAGCACUUUGGGAGGCUGAGACGGGUGGAUCACGAGGUCAAGAGAUUGAGACCAUCCUGGUCAACAAGUGAAACUGCAUCUCUACUAAAAAUACAAAAAUUAGCUGGGCAUGGUGGUGCACACCUGUAGUCCCAGCUACUCGGGAGGCUGAGGCAGAAUUGCUUAACCCAGAAGGCGGAGGUUGCAGUGAGCCGAGAUUGCGCCAUUGCACCCCAAUCUGGGUAACAACAGCGAAACUCUGUCUCAAAAAAUAAAAUAAAAUAACAGUACAAGCCACCACAUCUUGAAUGCCUACUCUGUGUGCCAGGCACUAUGCCAGGGGCCUGGCAAUGACCCCAUGGGAUGGGUAGUAUCACCCUUACUUUGCAGGUGAGAAACUGAGGUUCCUGGUCACACAGCUGGAAAGCGAUAGGACCAAGAUUGGAACUCAGAUCUGUGGAACUCAAAACCCUGUGUCCCUAAUCAUUAAAUAUGCUGUUGUCCCUUCUAUUAUGGAAAAAAACAUGCUCGACCUGAUGGAAUGUGCUCCAUUUGGGUUCAUGUGGCAGAAAUUAAGCAAGAGUUAGAAUCUGUUCAACCCAGGGGCCUGAGAGUCCUGGGAGUUGCUGCACUUUUGUUCAGACUAUUCUUUAUGUAACCCUAAUUAUUUAUUUAUUUUUUUGAGACAGGGUCUCACUCUGUCACCUAGGCUGGAGUGCAAUGGCACAAUCAUGGCUCACCACAGCCAUGACCUCCCAGGCUCCGGUGAUCCUCCCACCCCAGCCUCCAAAGUAGUUGGGACUACAGGUGCAUGCCACCACACCCAGCUAAUGUUUUUGUAUGUUUUGUAGAGAUGGGGUUUUACCAUGUUGCUUAGUCUGGUCUUGAACUCCUGGGCUCAAGAGAUCCACCUGCCUUAGCCUCUUAAAGUGUUAGGAUUACAGGAGUGAGCCACUGUGCCCAGCCCUUAAAUACCUUGUUUCACAUUGCAUGCACUCUACCAGAUGCCUUCAAAUAAUUUGGAAGGAGACAGGGUACAAGAAGAAAAUAAAACACUUCUUCCACUUAGAGUUUAAGCUCAACAAAGCAGAGAUCUUCAGGGUGCCUGAAUCUUGGAUGCAUUCCUAAGGGCUCUGUGGCCUCAUCUUCAGGCUCCUGACCCACUCAUCCAUCUAUCCAUCCAUCCAUCUAUGCAUGCAUGCAUCUAUCCAUCCAUCAUCCACCCACCCAUUUAUCCAUCUGUCCAUCCAUCCAUCCACCCACCCAUUCAUCCAUGCAUCCACCAUCCAUGCAUCCAUCCAUCCCUCCAUCCUCAGCCAUCUGUCCAUCUGUUUGUUCAUCCAACCAUCUGACCAAGAUUUGUUGGGUGUUUAUCUGGUGCCUCUAAAAGUAGAGUUACCCCAAGACUUUUGAAGGUCUCCUAUCUGCUGACAUUUCCCUAGACCCAUGCCCAGAAUAUGGCAUUAACAUCUUUGCUAUUUAGCUGAGGACACUUAGCUCUGAUAGUCCUAUUUGUGACUUGUCAGGCUUAGCCUCAUCAACCACAGAAAGGUUCUACUCCUUCUUAAAAAUUACCAGAAAAAAAAUCCUUCCUGGUCAUUAUUCCAAUAAGAUAAAAGGAGAAUAACACCACCAAACCCCGCUGCAGAACACUCCAUCCCCAUGGGCUGAGGACACCAAACAUCUGAGUGUGUCCCCAGAUUCCCUGGCAGUAACGCAGGAGUUGUUCAACAGCCUAUAUUAAUGAGCAAUAAAGUCCUGACGGGCACUGCAUGGACGGCUCAGCAAAGGACUUAAUUUGCAACCGUGCACAAAAUCAAAGACUGUCAACCGAGGAACUAUGUGGCUGGAUAAGCACCUUGUGCUACCUGAGAAAGCACUGUCAGGUAAAUUUCCAGAGAAAGUAAUUAAGGAAUCCCCAUCGUCCAAAUUCAGCAGUAAAAUUUGGAGCUCUGGAAUUUGAUGCUCACCAGGGAUCUGGUAUCUCCUCCCAGCCCGAUCCUUCAUCAGAACGAGCAGCGGAGACUCAUGGAGGAAUCAGCCGGCGUGCCUCCCCGCCCCUUCCCCAACACGCCCCCCAGCCUUGUGCGGUCCUACGUGUGUUGUCUUGUCAGAGAAGCAGAAAGCAACAAAUGAGAUCUCCACGUUGUGAGACGGGGGCGAGAUUAAUACGCAAACAUAUAGACCUGAGAUCUGGAAGUACCAAUUAAUAUUUAUCAAGCACCCACGGCAUACAUGAUACUGAAUCAACAUGCGAAAUGUGCAGGCCCUGGCACCAGGCAGUCUCCACUCCACUUGCACUCAGGUUCUGCGCACAGAUAGAUGCUCCGUGUGCUUGGAAGCACCUGCCCCAGUGGGAGGACCUGCCAGGAGUUUAAGUUAAUAUCGAUACAGGUGCCCUCUUCCUACUGAGACAACGUAGGAUUCUCAACCAGACAUGGUCAGCACCCUGGCCUCCACGGGGAGAACCCUGCUGAGACACCACCCCAAAUCUCUAAGGGCUGUCCCAUUCACAAAGACACUUCAGCAGGGUCUCUGUCCACAAAAUCCCUUCCCUAACUUCUUCUUAACCCUCAUGAUAAAAAAAGAAAAAGUCCUCCUCCCCACUGAAGAUCAGGCUCUGCUGUGACCUCCCGUGUGCUGAUAUUUCUAAGCGGAGGUGGACAGGCUGCAGCAGGACCCCUCCAGAAGAAAGAGCUGAGCAACCUCCCAUCAAGGGAGGUUCUGGAAAGAAAACGGGGACCCCCCCCCCUCCAGUGGCUCAGCUUGUCAGGGCCUUUGUUGACAAGCCCGUUGAAAGCGGCCUCACUGUCGCUGUGAAAUUCCCUCCGUCUCCCAUUCACUCCUUUCUCAGACAGUUUUUGAAAGGCGAAAAGUCUGGAAAACACGCUCACUCUCCCACCCCACCCCCGAGCCCCAUCACACAGAGGGAGAGGGGGCAGCAACUUGGGGGAGCGGGGCUGAUGAGCCCCUCACCUGGCCCCGCGGUGCACCGCCUCCAAUUAAAUCAAAAUGGUUUGUUUUUAAUGGUCUUUUACACUGACAAGUGGGCGAUCAUUUUGGGCCCACGAGCUGUCAGGGAACUGAGGCAAAUCCUCCGUUGAUAAUGCCCAAUGCUUCCAAUUAGGAGCCGAGGCCGCUCCUGGCGCGCUAACGAUUCCCCAGCCAGCCCCCAGGCCCCUUUGGCGCUGGCUGUUUCUUCUGCCUCCUCCGCCGCAAAUUACUGACACAAAACGGAAGGCCCCGCGUCUCCUCCGCCACGCCAGGCCCGGGCCCUGUUGGGUUUAAUGAGCCGAUGGAAGUUUCGUGGCUCCAGCGCUAAAUUCUUUUCUUGUUUGACAGCUGCUCGGCUAAGGCAAGUGUUGACCUUAUAAAAGAUUUAGUGUUUCUCAUUAUUUUCUGUCAAGCUUCACAAGUGAUGGCUCUGCGGUUAUCAUUUGCAUCCCGGGGUGUGCGUGUGCAGGGUGUGUGUUGGGUGCGUGUGUUGGACAGGGCUCCGAGGUGCGGACGGGAAACGGGAAGGGGUCUUUCUCUCGCCCCAAGUUGUACCUGGCCCCCGCACAGCAGCUGCCAGCCUGACGUUCUUCCUGGGCUGAGGUGUUUCAAAGAGAAGCUAAGAUGCAAGGCCAAGGUGAUGGACGCUUCCACGGCUUCCAGGGCUCCCGACGGAACCAGAGCCACCGCCGUGGGGGCACCAGAGGAAGCCCAGUGCACACUGGAGUCGGUCAACUCUCAGAGCCUGCUGGACCCCAGCCCAGUCAGGCAUGAGCGCUGGGCAGCAGGCAGUCCCAGCCAGACUCAAGGCUGAAGACAGUUUUAGGGUCACGCUCAAGAUUUCAUCAGGGAUCUCACUCUUGCCUCACAGGCCGGGGUUAGGCAGUUUCCGAAAGCUGCCUCCCUUCCCGAUUUUUUCAAAGUGGGCAGUAUUAUUCUCCCCGAGCCGACUAUGGGAACUUUGUUAGUCCUUGCUUUGUUCUGGCAUCCCAUGCAAAUCGGGGCCUCUCUGUAACUUACAAGGCUGCAGGGAGUCCGUGUGGCACCUUCCCCAACCCCUGCUGGCCUCCUCAUCGCUUUUCUUUCGAUCUCUGCAUCUUCCCGUCAUUCCACCCUACCGGCUAGCUAUCCCAGGCACAGGCGACCUGAGGUUGCAUAAAGAGUGUGAGAGGUGGCCAGGCACAGUGGCUCAUGCCUGUAAUCCUAGCACUUUGGGAGGCCGAGGCAGGCGGAUUGCUUGAGCUCAGGAGUUUGAGGCCAGCCUGGACAACACGGUGAAAUCCCAUCUCUACUAAAAUACAAAAAAUUAGCCAGGCCUGGUUGCAUGUGCCUGUAGUCCCAGCUACUCAGGAGGCUGAGGCAGGGAAAUUGCUUGAACCUGAGAGGUGGAGGUUGCAGUGAGCAGAGAUCGCACCACUGCACUCCAGCCUGGGCGAAAGAGUGACACUCCAUCUCCAAGAUAAUAAAAGGGAGAGAGUUAAGGGCAGAGGAACCUGCAGAUGUCUCCUCCCCCAGUCUGAGUUUCUAAGUAUCAUUGUUACCAUGGGAGACUCCAUGUUGAUCUUUCAGAGUGAAAACGUGGCGCUGUACCUCCCUCCUGUGCCCAUGACAGACCUUCCAAAUCAAUCGUUGUGUACCUUUUUCACCUGCCUAGGUUCAGCCUUAGACUAUUUUAUAACAGAGUGUGGCCAUCAGCUACCACCAGUCUAUCAGCGCCAAGUGAAACGAAAUGGUACUGCCAUCCCUGCCUUUGAGAGGUCAUUAGAAUAAAUUGCUAGGUAUUCCUAACAUUGCUUAUCUUUUUAUGCUAUUAAAAUGCAUUAAGAUGAUAUUUAUAGAAAAGGAGAAAAUAUAUAGCCUACUACAUAAAAAUAGAUAAAUUAGACUUCAUCAAACUUUGAAAACUUUUGUGCUUCAAACAAUACUAUUGAGAACGUGAAAAGACAACCUACAGAAUGGGAGAAAAUAUUUGCAAAUCACACGUCUGAUAAAAUACUUGAGUCACUGAAUAUAUAAAUUACUCUUAUAAGUCAGUAAUAAAGGCCAGGUGCAGUGUCUAAUGGCUGUAAUCCCAGCACUUUGGGGGGCAGAGGCAGGAGGAUCACCUGAGGUCACAAGUUGGAGACCAGCCCGGCCAACAUGGUGAAAGCCCGUCUCUACUAAAAACACAAAAAUAGGCCGGGUGAGGUGGCUCAUGCCUAUAUUCCCAGCACUUUGGGAAGCUAAGGCGGGUGGAUCACAAAGUCAAGAGAUCAAGACCAUCCUGGUCAACAUGGUGAAACCCCAUCUCUACUAAAAAUACAAAAAUUAGCUGGGCAUGGUGGUGCAUGCCUGUAGUCCCAGCUACUCGGGAAGCUGAGGCAGGAGAAUUGCCUGAACUCGGGAGGCGGAGGUUGCAGUGAGCCGAGAUCACGCCAUUGCACUCCAGCCUGGGUGAAAAGAGUGAAAUUCCGUCUCAAAAAAAAAAAAAAAAAAAAAAAAAUCACAAAAAUUAGCCGGGCAUGCUGGCUAGCACCUGUAAUCUCAGCUACUCGGGAGGCUAAGGCAGGAGAAUCGCUUGAACCCAGGAGAAGAGGUUGCAGUGAGCCCAAGAUUGUGCCAUUGCACUCCAGCCUGGGUGGUAAAUGCAAAACUCUGUCCAAAAAAAAAAAUCAGUAAUAAAAGAUAAAUAACUCAAUUUAAAAAUGGGCAAAGAUAGGAAUAGACAUUUCUCUGAAGGAGAUAAACACAUGAAAAGAUGCUCAACAACAUCAUUAGCCACCAUGGAAACACAAAUCAAAAUCACAGUGAGAUGGGACUUCACACCCACUAGGAUGGCUAGAAUAAAAAUGACAGACAAUAACAAGUGUUGGCAAGGAUGGGGAGAAAUUGGAACACCAGUACAUGCUGGUGGGAAUCAAAAAUGCUGCAGCCAGUUUGGAAACGCUUUGGCAGUUCUCCGAAAGGUUAAACGUAGAGUUUCCAUAUCACCCAGAAAUUCUACUCUUAGGUAUACACUCAAGAGAAAUGAAAACAUAUAUCCACACAAAAACUUGUACAUGAAUGUUCUAGCAGCAUACUCAUAAUAGUCAAAAAUGGAAACAACCCAAGGGCCAUCGAAGAAUGAAUAACAAAAAUGUGGUCCAUCCAAACAAAGGAAUACUAUUCCCUGGAAAAGAAUGAAGCGGUGCUCCAUGCUGUGACGUGGAUGAACCUUGAAAACAUGGUGCUAAGUGAGUGAAAGCAGCCAGUCACAAAAGACUGCACAUUGUAUUAUUCCAUUUACAUGAAGAGUCCAAAGUAGGGAAAGCCACCGCAACAGAAAGCAGAUUAGUGGUUGCCAGAUGCUAGGGAAGAGGAAUAGGAGUGACUGCUGAUGCCUGUGAGGUUUCUUUUGGGGGUGAUGAAAAUGUUCUAAACUUAGAGUGUGGAGGUGGUUGUACAAUCCUAAGAACAUGCUAAAAUUGGUGAAGUUUAUGGUAUGUGAAUUAUUUCUCAAUGAAGCUGUUUUUAAAAAGAGUAACUUUUAAAAAAAUAGCCCAGUUGGAUCAGAUGAGUGAUCAUCACCUAGAUUCUGACUUUGGGGGCUGGAACACGGUGAUAAUUGGCCACCGAGCUCUGGCCUCAGAGGAGGGGGGUCUGCUGUGUUCUCCACUAUAACUCAUUCACCUGCAAAGUAUUGAACUUGGAGGCUGAAGAAGCUUAGAAGCUGACCUGAGGUUUAUGUGACGUUCACACGCACACCCCACCUUGGGACUGGCAUUACCCAAUUAUUUUGCUACUAGCGUCUAGCAAACAGCUUCAUUGUUCAAUUUUGAAUUCAACUGCUUCUGACUGGCCUUCGCUAAUCCUUGCGAAUGACCUGGAGCCAUUGGUCUGGCUUCUCGAAGGAGCAAAUCGAUUGUCAUUUUCAAAGGCACGAAUGCCUAGCUUUCCUUCUGCUCCAGCAAGUCCCGCCAGCCCUGCAGUCAGUCCAUGGAGCACAGCUCUGUAUUCCUGUUCAGGCUCUGUCACUUAGUAGCUGGGUGUCCUUGGACCAGUGUCCUACCCUUCCCGAGCUUCAGUCUCCUCCUCCAUCAAAUGAGAGUGGUCCCCUGCCCAAUCCCCUCAAGGUCCCUGCUCCUCCCCAUUCCCCAGGCUGGGCGCGGUUCAAGAGUGGUGCCGGCACCAUUUGAGAACCUAUAUUAGACCUUGCAGGAAGGCAGGAAGUUUGUUUUCCAAGCUGAGCUUGGCUGUUCUUUGAAAUCGCAGCAUGUGUCAGCAGGGAGGGUCGGGUCCUGUGUCCUUGAUCAUCUAUUUUUGGACCACAGAGAAAUGAGAGCCAGUGACAGAAAAACAAUCUAGGGGACCAGAUGUCUCAGGAGAGAUUGUUACCCUUGUUAAUUACUUAAAUGACAACCUGCUACAUCUGAGCUGAGGACCCAGCCUGCUCUCCAACCACGUCCUGCAUGAAUCUGUGUUCUACCGGGGCCUCUGACCUCCAGCUGCCCUGAACUUGACAGGAAUUACUGACCUGGGACUGAUCCAUAAUUUUCAAGUGCCUCUCAUUAGAGGAGACAGCCUCUCAAUCUUUUAAAGCAAAAUCUCUCUCCCAGUCACCUGAGAAAUUGUCCCUUAAAAAAAGAAAAAACUAAACUAAAAUCUCUAAGGCUGUCAUUUUUUUUUUUUUUUUUAGCUCUUUGGCAGAUUUUUUUUUUUCUUGAUCUGUUUUUUCCCCCCAGAUCCUCCCUUUUGCCUUCUCAGUCUCCAGACCACUGGUCUCAGUGUCCAGUUAGGGAACCUCCAUGUGGCCAGUGCAUGGGGAGGAGAUGUCCACUGGCUCAGCUGCCCUGGCAGUGGGACUGGAUCAGGGACCUGGACUCAGAAAGUACUGUGGAAGGCCGGGUACAGUGACUCACACCCAUAAUCCUAGCACUUUGGGAGGCCAAGGAGGGCAGAUUGCCUGAGCUCAGGGAGUUUGAGACCAGCCUGGGCAACAUAGUGAAAACCCAUCUCUAUUAAAAUAGAAAAAAAUUCCAGCUACUCAGGAGGCUGAGACAGGAGAAUCACUUGAACCCAGGAGGCAGAGGUUGCAGCGAGCCGUGAUCACACCACUGCACUCCAGCCUGGCGACACAACCAGUGGAAAAUCUGAUUGACCUGUGAAUUUGUGCAGUGCUGGAUUUGGUUUCUCCUGGCCAUUGUGUGUGUACACACACACACACACUCUCUCUCUCUCUCUCUCUCUCUCUCUCUCUUUCUCUCUCUCUCUCUCCCUCUCCACGUAUCUCUGGGAUGGCUUCGCAAGCAACAGCAAGGCAUGACACUGGACAGGAGGCUCAAGAUGAAAUGAACAACCCCUACCCUCCCCACAUGAAGAGCCCCAGGACUGUGGCUGCCUGAACCCCCCACCUGCGGCAGAGGCGUCGGCUAAGAAGGCAAGGAAAGAGGGAAGGGGAAGAAGGCAAAGGCAGCCCACUUUUCAGUUGAAUGGGUGGACCAGACCCAUUCAGCCCAGCAGAAGGCUGGUGCCACCCACGAGGGACAGCGGCCAACAUCUCAACCCCAGGUAGAGGGUGAGGCGUCUAGGAUAUUUUCUCAGGCAUUGAGGAGAAUAUAAGCCCCUGUGAAGCUGGAUGUGCCCAACAGGAAGAGCCAUUGGGAAGUCACAUACAUCAGCCAAUGUCACCAACCACUGGCGGCUAAGGUUCCUUUGGCAAAGCUUUGUAUCCACAUUUGGAAUCCUACCCAAAUCUCCAAUAAGUGGAACUCAUAAAACAAAGUUACUCUUUCUAAACUGUGUGUGGCAUGAGGAGGCCCUCCCCUCACCCCAGGUCACCUCCCACAAACGCAGUUUGAACCCCCAUUUAUGUUUUCAUAUGAAAAAGAAGAAAAGGCAAUAGUCCUAUAGAAAUAAAAGUGAAAUCCUCUCUGCUUCCCUGCCUGUGCUCGCUCCCCUCCCUCCCAGAGGCAGAGGUUGACAUGACCUCCAAGAACAUUCUUUUCCUUCCGCACCUUUCUGUCUAAGCAGAGUCACACAUAUGCUGGAGCAACAUGGGGAGGUGUUUUAUAUGUUUUAAUUUUUUUGUAUCAAGGAAAUCACGCUUAGGUUCCAUUCUGUAAGUUUUCUGUAACUUUUUUUUCAUGCGACGUUAGGUUUUUGAGAUUUAUACACACGGGUUCUGACAGCUCUGGAACAACACUGUCUAAUGUAAGCUUCUGAUAAAAAUGUUCUAUGUUGGCCGGGCACAGUGGCUCACGCCUGUAAUCCCAACACUUUGGGAGGCUGAGGCAGGUGGAUCACGAGGUCACGAGUUCGAGAUUAGUCUAGUCAACAUGGUGAAACCCCGUCUCAACUAAAAAUACAAAAAAAUUAGCCAGGCAUGGUGGUGCGUGGCUGUAGUCCCAGCUACUUGGGAGGCUGAGGCAGGAGAAUUGCCUGAACCUGGGAGGCGGAGGUUGCAGUGAGCUGAGAUCACACCUUUGCACUCCAGCCUGAGAGACAGGGUGAGACUUUGUCUCAAAAAAAAACAAAAAAAUUCUACAUCCACCUGUGCACUGCUAUUGAGCACUUGGGGUUUGGGGUUUUUUUUUUUUUUGAGGCAGUGUCUUACUCUGUCACCCAGAGUGGAGUGCAGGGGUAAGAUCACAGAUCAGUGCAGCCUCUACCUCUUGGGCUCAAGCUAUCCUCCCACUCAAUUUCCUCAGUAGCUGGGACCACAGAUGGGUCCAUCCAUGCCCUGCUAAUUUUUUUUUUUUGUAGAGGUGGUGGUCUUGCUAUGUUGUCCAGGUUGGUCUCGAACUCCUGAGCUCAAGUGAUCCUUCCACCUCGGCCUCCAAAAAGCUGAAAUUACAGGUGUGAGCCACUGCACCCGGCCUACUGAGCACUUGGUAAGGGAUUAGUGCA